AUGGCGCCCUCAGCAACCGGUGGCAAGAAGCAAAAGAAGAAGUGGUCCAAGGGCAAGGUCAAGGACAAGGCUCAGCACGCCGUUGUCUUCGAGAAGACCACCCUUGAGAAGCUCAACAAGGAUGUUCAGACCUACCGCCUGAUCACCGUUGCCACCCUCGUCGAUCGCCUGAAGAUCAACGGCUCCCUUGCCCGCAAGGCCCUUGCCGACCUCGAGGAGCAGGGUCAGAUCAAGAAGGUUGUCAGCCACUCCAAGCUGAACAUCUACACCCGCGCCGUCACCGCCGAGUAA